AUGUCGGCGCCAAAGUUCGAUGAUCUCCUUUCGCGAGUCAUCCGUAAUCUUCCAGACUCUCACCAAAACCACCGGAACCCGAUCGGGGCUUCCCAAAGGCUUGCCGUUACCUUGAGGUACCUGGCAACCGGCAUCGGCCUGCAAGCUCUUUCGGCCAGCUACAAGAUGGGCACCAGCACUGUGUCGGGCAUCGUGGAGGAGAUGUGUUCUGCCAUCUGGGACGCCCUUCAGGGGGAGUUCAUGGCCUUUCCUUCCCGCGGUCAGUGGCAGGACAUAGCGGAGGACUUUUGGAGGCAGUGGCAGUUUCCCCUGUGUGUCGGGGCGAUUGACGGGAAGCAUGUCAGACUCAGAGCUCCAGCACGAUCGGGAAGUGACUUCUAUAAUUACAAAGUUUUUUUUUCAAUUGCCCUCAUGGCUGCUGCUGAUGCUAACUAUAGAUUUAUUCAUGUAGACGUUGGCGCAUAUGGGCGUGAGAGCAAUGGAGGUGUCUUGGGUCGCAGUGCCUUCGGAUCCAGACUGGCAGAGGGCAACCUCAAUCUACCCGCCCCUGCUGUCCUACCAGGCAUCACAACGCCCAGUCCUUAUUUUUUUCUGGGGGAUGAGGCCUUUCCCCUACAGGUGAACCUGAUGCGUCCCUAUCCAGGUACUAACCUGCAGGAUAGGAAGCGCAUCUACAACUACCGACAGGCCAGGGCGAGACGCGUAGUGGAGAAUGCCUUUGGCAUAUUGGCUGCGCGCUUCCGAAUCUUUGGCCGUCCAAUUGACUGCCAACCUGAAAAGGCGGUGAAAAUUGUGAAGGCGUGCGUGGCUCUCCACAACUUCCUGGCAUCCACCGAACGAGCCAGAUACAUGCCAGCCUCCUUUGUGGAUAGGACCGCUGACACCGGAGAGGUCCAGCCUGGAGAGUGGAGGCAGCAUGUUGAGGGGGACCGGAAUAUGGUCGACGGACCACGGUGUUCGGUCGGCAGAGCCAGACCAUCUCAAAGAGCGGCCCUUGUCAGGGAGCAGCUGGCAGAUUAUUUUCUGUCAGAUGCUGGCGUGUUUCCCCACCAGUACAAUGUGCUACGUUUGGGUAUGCGCACUGACCAAUAAACGUAUUUUUCCCUUGGAAGCAUGACUUUUAAUUUAUUAGUUAUCACAUUACACAAGUUAACUAAUUUGGUUUACGUCAAACUCAUUAAUUCAUAUCCAUAUAAAAUGUUUAUACAACGAGCUACUGCCUUGACAGAUGAAUGAAUUAUUUAAGUGUAUUUAAGUGUACGCCUAUAGCCAAAGCUUGCCGCAUAAUGUCCACAGAAAUUAUAUGGUAGGAAACAUUAGAGAAAAGGGGUUUAUUUAUCAAACACAGAAACUUGACCCACCAUGCAUGCACACAUUUUUCAUUCACUCACGCUUUCAAAUUUCAUUCACUCAAAGAGGCUAUAUACAGAACUUAUGUUUCAAACAGAACAUGAACACACAGAACAUGAACACACAGAACGUGAACACAAAACAUUACGUAAUUAAUUAAAAUAAGCUAAAACAAAUAAGGCAAGUAAUAAAAAGAAUAUCGGGUGAGAAGAAAAUGAUUACAUUGGCUCAUAAUCCCGCAUCAACUGUUUGAUGUUGCGCAUCAAAAAAGCACUUUGCCCCUGUGGAAGGGUUCGCAUGAAUUGGCACAGGUAAUUGCUAAAGGAGAAGUGAAUGUCAUUCAUGUCUCUUUCCCUCAUCCUCUCUCUCUCCCUCUCUCUCUCAUUCUCUCUCUCCCUCUCUUCCACCCUUUCUCUCUCCCUUUCUCUCGCCUUCUCCAUUUCCUUCUCUCUAU